AUGAACGGCGUGAUGCAUACGCUCGACGUCCACUCCGCGCCGCCCUCGUCGAUCCUCGCCCUCGACCACAUCCGCGGCGUCCUCCAGCGCCUCGAGGACACCAUCGUCUUCCAGCUCAUCGAGCGCGCACAGUUCGCCCGCAACCCUCGCUGCUACCUCCCCGGCGCCUUUGCCGAACUCAAGCAGCGCGAAAACUGGUCUGGUUCCUGGAUCCAGUGGUUCCUCAAGGAGACAGAGACUACCCACGCCAAGCUGAGACGAUUCGAGGCCCCCGACGAGUACCCCUUCACCUCGCCCGAGCUGCUGCCCAAGCCCGUCCUCGAGCCCGUCACCUAUCCUAAGCUCCUGUGGCCCCACAAGGUCAAUGUCAACGACAAGAUCCUCCAGUUCUACAUCGACGACAUCGUGCCCACCAUCACCCGCAACCUCGGCGAGGACGGCGACGACGGACACUAUGGCUCGUCGGCCAUCCGCGACUGCGAGGUGCUGUCGGCCAUGAGCCGCAGGAUUCAUUUCGGCAUGUUUGUGGCCGAGUCCAAGUUCCGUUCGGAGCCGGCGUCUUUUAUCCCGCACAUCCGCUCGCGCAACCGCGACGAGCUGGCCAACCUCAUCACCAAGCCGGCCGUCGAGGCGGCGCUGCUGGUGCGGCUGGGCAAAAAGGCCGAGGUCUACGGCCAGGACAUGAACCGGCCGGGCGCCACCGACGAGGAGCGGGAAAAGGAGCGCAAGAUUGAGGUCGAGGCUGUCGUGCGCAUCUACAAGAACUUCGUCAUUCCCCUCACGCGCGAUGUCGAGGUCGACUACCUGCUCACCAGGCUCGAUGGAGUGUCGGACGACGAGGUCAAGACGAUGCUAGAGACGAACCGCUACCCGGAGACGGACUGA